AAUCCCUACCACCAUCAUCUUCUUCAUCGCAUCUCUUCUCUCUCUCCUCUCUCUAGCUUUUUACAGAAGAAGAAGCAGCAGCAGCAGCAGAGUAGAGCAUAUUUAUCGGCUCCUGAGUCCUGACUGAUCAGAAUUUUGCGUGCAGAGCUUCGAAAACCGAGAAUAUUUCACGGAUCUUCUGUUGCACAAAUAACUCUCUAUCUAUCUCUAUAUGCAUGAUGAGAUUGAUGUCUAAUACUGUUGUACCUACAGACACGAAUAUAUAAGGUAACUGUACACUGUACUGGAGAACAGCUUAAUUGCAGCUAGCAGUUAUGGAGGACAACGACGGCACGAUUAGACCUCGACCGAAGAGGAGGCGAGUUGAAUUUGUAGAAGAACUCGAGGAGGCGGCCAAUUUAGAUCGAACCGCCGGCGUACUCACGCCGUCGUCGUUUGUUCACAUGCGGAGGACUUCAUCUUGCUCUUCUACUUCUUCUACUUCUAGUAAUGCCAAUGUAGAUCUGGAGGACGAGGAGGAUAAAUUUGUUCAAAUUGGAAAAUCCACGUAUGAAUUCAACUGUCCAGACUCAGAUAGGAAGAAGAAGGUGAAGAAGAAGAUGCGGCCGCAAGAGGAAGAAUCAAGCAUAUUAAAUAGAGAGAUUGAAGAAUUCUUUACAAGAACAACCAAAGAACAACUGAAAUUAUUUCAAAAAAAUUGAAUUGCAGAUACAACUUUGAUUUUGACAAGGAAGAGCCAUUGGAAGGUAGUUAUGACUGGAUUAACUUGAAAUAAAAAUCAACUAGAACAAGAAGAAGAUGAAUUAAGGUAUCUUGUUUUCUACUUUAGUUUUGUACAGCUAUCUCCUCUCCCUUCCUUCCUUCCUUCCUUCCUUCCUUCAUCUCUCAAGACUUCAACAUGCUCUUUGGCACUGAAUUUUAUAUGUCUUCUUCUUCUUCUUCUUUGUAAAGCUUUGUUUUAGUUAAUUCUGGUUACAUAUUCUGAUCAUAAUCUGGAUUUUGAUUAGAAAUGACUCAAAACUCUCUGAUUAGAUUGUUAUAGUUUUCUGCAUCUGAAAUUACAUCUUAUAUGGGGUCAUUGUUGUUUCUUUUUUGCUAUUUCACAAGA